UGAACAUGAACGCAGCUUUGUGUGAGGGAGCUGAAACAGUAAGAGUGGGAGUUGUACUUACUGCAGAGGGUAACGACUGUGUAGUCCUUAGUGAAGAAGAACAUGCUGUGGACUACAAAUCAGGAAAGGAAGCAAAAUCCUUCUCCUUUGACCAAGUUGUGACUGUUGACAACAUACAGAGUUUCCACCCUGAGCUCCUGCAGCCUCUCACUGAGGUCAUAUCCAGUGGUUAUAAUGGAGCACUGCUGUUAUGUGGAGCCUCCACAGAGAAGAUUGACCACAGUAUCCUCAAACAGGUCUUGGCAAAUCUGUUUAGUCGUAUGUUGUCACAAGUGAAAGAGGAGUUGUUCAUCUCUGUGUCGUUCCUUCAGUUUUAUCCAGAUGGGAGUGCUGUGGAUCUUCUGAGCCCCAAUAGACAGACUCUAAAACUCGUGACACACCCCGUCCUUGGAAGGCUUGUAGGAGGUUUAUGUGAGGUGUGUGUGUGUUCAGCAGACGAAGCCUAUACUCUGUAUGAAACAUGCAGGGAGACACUGAAGGCCAAUGCAGGCUCUAUUUCCAGCAGUUCCCUGUUCUCAGUGACUGUUGAGUGGAAACUUCAUCCAGAGAAGGUGGAGUCAGAGGUGUGCCGCAGCAGACUGCAGCUGUUCAGCCUGGCAGGAGGAGCCAGCAGGACUGACCUCAGAGGAGUCAGCCCACUGGUGAAGGUUGUGGACCAAACCCAAUGUGAAGCCACAACAAGCGACAAGCUCCUCCCUUUCCUCCUAAAUGAUGCAUUAACAGGAAACAGUAGGACGGUCCUCAUCUACUGCAUCCGCCCUCAAGGUCUCCUGGAUGACGAGACCCCCUCUGCUUUAGCUUUGGCCCAGAAAGCGAGAAGUUUGGUAACUAAGGCCACUGUUGUUCGCUGGUGUCCAAGGGCAACUGAGCAGGAGAUCAGAGAUAACAUCAUGGAUCUAAGAACCGUGAUGAUGUCACAGGGGGAAAGUGAAGCCUAUACCUACAGACUGGCAGAGCUGACCCAAAACCUGCAGAUUGUGAAAAAUCAGUCAUGGGAGAAGAGGAGGGAAGAGUCAAAGAAGAUAAAAGACAAAAUGCAGAGUUGUCGGACCCCAAAUAGCAACUGCCACAGCAGCGAUCACAGAGAGAAAUAUGUACAAGACCAGCUGAAACAAGAAAUGGAGGAACAUAUCAGAGGCAAUUUGCUGUGAUAUGAAACAUUGGUCAACUUUUAUAUAUAGGGACAUCAGUGAUGUUGUGUGUGUUUCUCAUAUUCCACAGAGGGUAAAGGGAAUGUAGAGAAAGUCCAGGAGAGAGUAGCAAGAAUCCAGCAGCUGAGGGAGGCUCUCAGACAGGAGAAGAACGGGGCUGCUACAGAGAAAUCUGACCUCUGUCAACAAGUAAUGCACUCCAUCUAACUCCUGCCAUUUUAAAUGUAACAUUGUACACCCAUACAUCUGAUUGGAUAACGUGUUUACAAGGCUUUGUGAAUACUCUAUUAAACAUAUAAAUAAGACUUAUGAUCUAUGAGAGUGGGCAGGCUACACUAAGACAUUUAUUUUGCCAAUUUAAUGCUCAGUCUCAAUUGGAAUACAACAAAGCACAGGAACGGAGGAGGCAACUUAAGGAGGACCAUGGAAGAUUAAUUCAGGAGGAGGUGGAGAAGAUGGAGAGAGACUUGGCACAGGAACAGCUACCGGUGAGAUAAUGAGAUACACUGUUGUUUAACAGUAUUCAGUUUGUGAUCUAUCUUAGCUGAGGAUGCUGAGUCAGUUUAAAUUAAUGCAAAGCUGGAUUUAUGGUGGGCAGUGGACACCACUGCAUUUGCAACUUCAUUCUGUUAUUUCCUAGCAUUUGUUUAUGGUUUCAUCCAUUCCUCCGCUAGACAGAAGGCCCCCAGAGAGAGCUGCUGGUGCUGACCAGAGAGAGGCAGGUCCUGGUGCUGCAGAUAGAGGCCCUCCGCGCAGAGGCCCUGCAGGCUGAGAGAGACCUGCAGAAUCAAUAUCACAGACACCAAACAGAGCUGCAUUGUCUAAGAGAAGAGAGCCUGCAGGUGGGGGUUUGUUGGAUCAGUGAGAGAACAUUGAUUCAAAUCAUUAGAAUUAAUUAUACAUUUCUUUUCAUUAGUUUGUUACUACUUUUACUAGUCUCUUUUAGUUACCUGUGCUUUUCCAAACACCUGGGCUGAUAUGUAUAAAGCCGCUUGGAAUAUGUUGGUUGAAAUUCUAAGAAUGAUGUAAUUUUGCACUCAUUAUUAGAGUUAAGUAUCAUGUAUAAACGAUCCCAGGUCUAAAGAAUUGGUUUCAGCUCCAAAAUUAUUCAAGAAAGCUCCACAGGUCUCCUGAGUCAGUUAGGAGUGACCAGCGGAGGCAGCAGCUAGGUUUUGGACAAUGUACAUUCACGUGAGUGAAGAUUGUAGUCCAUAUUUUUCAACAGUUAGUAGUCAAUGCAGUGUUUAAGAAUCACACUUUAACUUUUUCUUUCCCAUAAAUUAAAUCUAUAAACCACAAAUGCAACAAAAAAAUAAACUGGAUUUUACAGAUCAACACCAGAUAUCAGGGACACAGAUUCUACACAAGAUCAGGGAAAAUAAGUAUUUUUAACAGAUGCCUGAUACAAAAAAAACAUAUUAAACAAACAUAAUAAAACAAGAAAUUUUGUUAUUUAACCAUCAGUUUGUUCAGUAAAACUACAGCUGUUUGAUAAAAUGUUUACACAAAGAAGCAUCUUUGGCUCCUUCCUGCAUCUCCCCCAUGUUUUUCAUGUAUGUUUUACUGCUCUCCAGGUGUUCAGAGUGUUUCGUCAGGUAAGUGAGGAGCAG